AUGCACAACGAGGUCUUCAACGAAGCCAAGAUCUACUCCUUCAAUGAGGCUCUUUUCCAGACUUCACCCGGGUGGGACUGGGACGUCUUCUUGCGGGACGAGGACCCCCAGCGCUUCCUGGUGGAGCUGCUGCAGCUGCGCCCCCACACGGAGGAGGAGCAAGGGCAAGCGGCGGCCGGCAAGGGCUGCUGCAAGGCCGUCGGCUUCAAGCUCUUUCCAGAGCACUGGAAGGGCGCCACCACGGCCGUGUUCCAGCGCCUGCUGGUGGACCCGCGCGUCAAGAAGAUUGUGCUGCGGCGCAGCAACCACCUGGAUGUCUACGCCUCCAAGCUGAGGGCGGACAAGACAGGUGCCUACAUCGGCAAGCGGCUGGACGAGAUCCCCUUGGAGGUGGACGUGGCCGCCUUUCAGGGCUUCGUGACCCACUAUGAUCAGGUGUAUGUGUACUACGACACUCUGUUGGGGGGCCAAGGCCACGCCAGCGUCCUGCGCAUCAGCUACGACGAGCUCGCCGCCGCGUUCACCGGCGACGCCGGCGUUGGCGGCGGCGCCACCCGCAGCGGUGCAGGCGGGGCCAGUGACGUGGGUGGCUGCUGCGCGGCGCGCCGGAUCCAGGCGUUCCUGGGCGUCGCGGCCGCGCCGCCCAAAGCGUUGGCCGUGACAGUGAAGCAGACGCGGCGGCCGCUGAAGGAGGGCAUUGAGAACUUUGACAACGUUGCGUUCGCAUUCAAGUGCACGAAGUAUGCUGGCUGCUUCGCCUGCCAUGACGACGGGGACGGCCACCUCAGCUGCACUGCAGGCGGCGGCAAGCAGCAGCGCGCGCCCACGGCCUCCGCCGGCGCGGAGGCCCCGCCGCGCCGCGCGGAGCGCCACGCGGCGGCACCCCAGCACGUCACCCGCGAAGAGCUCGGGCGCGCGACGUGGGUGUUCCUGCACACGCUCGCGGCGCAGUUCCCGAAGCGCCCGACGCGGCAGCAGCAGCGGGACGCGCGCAGCCUGAUGGACGUGCUGACGAGGAUCUACCCCUGCGCUGACUGCGCGCGGCACUUCUCAGAGAUAGUCAAGGCCGACCCGCCCGCCGUUUCAAGCGGCCACGAGUUCCAGGCCUGGAUGUGCCGCGCGCACAACACGGUCAACCGCGCCAUCGGCAAGCCCACCUUCAACUGCGACCUCGCCGCCUCCCGAUGGGCGCCGCUAGACUGCGACGCGACCGGCGCCAGCAGCUGCGACCUGUCUGUCGGCGCGGCGGCGCCCGCGAGGCGGCGGUAG